AUGGUGUGGAUGAUUGAUUACAUGGGAGCACGACGGCUGUUUCAGGCGUAUACCAACAUCCAAGUUCUAAUUAAUUUUCAAUUUCGGCUAACAAAGAAUAGUUGUAGGCAAAUAUAUUGCUUUGGCUCUCAAAAAUGUAUCCACAUUGACACAUGUUUAUACAAGUUAAGUCAACUACAUGAAGAAGUGACAAAAUGUUAUUCAUCAAAGAACAACCCAAAAUUUUCCGUUCUUUAUGUUGACAAGUAUGCACCAAAAAAAUCAUUUAUUAAGCUUGAUUCUAAUGAAAAGUUCAUGACUAUGCUUAGCAUGUAUGGAAACGACAAACAAGUAACCAUUUAUGUGACAACAGAGAAUAACUUCGGCUCUAAUAACCUUACUAACCAUUUGUGUGCCAACAAAUAUGAACCAUAUGAUGAGUAUGAUGCAGACAUUUGUCCUAGUGAAGAAAGCUAUCAUAGUCAUCUCAAUUCUGAUAAUGAAUACAAUCUAAUGAAUGAUGAUGAUGAAGUUCACUCAUUUAGUAAGAAUAGUAUAAGCAUGGAAGUCGGCUCAAAAUUUAGAAAUAUUGUUGAUUCUAGGAGCGCUUUGAACCACUCUCCAGUCACAAAUGAGUUUAACUACUACAUUAUGAAAAGUGACCCGACGCGAUUCACAGCAAGGUGUGAAAACCUAGAGUACCAGUGGAGAAUCCAUGCUUCUAUUACACAAGAUGAAGUUACCUUUGAAGUUAUGAAAAUGGUAGAAGUACAUACUUACACUCGAAGCAACAAGGGUGGAAAUAAGCAUCACUCAAAGAUGUAUUACUAAUGUUGUUACUGACAAGUUGAAAUCUGAUGGGGAUGUCUCUCCAUAUAAGCAUAAAAAUUGGAUUAUGAAAACUUACAAUGUUGAUGUGCCAUACCUAAAAGUUUUUAGAGGGAAAGAGCAAGCUUAUACUGACAUGUACUAUAAGUGGGAAGACUCUUUCAUGAAGAUUAAUGAAUUUAGAGAAGAACUAUUAUGAAGGAACGAAGGAAGCAUUGUUGAAAUUGACUUUGACAUAGUUGGUGGAAAAAAAACUUUUCAAAAGGUUCUUUAUUUGUUUAUCGGCUUGUUCUAGAGGGUUUGUUGCUGGUUGUCGUCUGUAUAUUGCUCUUGAUGC